AUGCAUGGUUAUGGUGUAUUUUGGUUGCUAUUGUUGCUGCUACACUUUACGUCUUGGGCAGUAGCACUGGAACGUGUCUUUUUAUGGCCGAUACCUCAGCAUGUCGUUUCAGGAAACGUUGACCUAAAGCUGGAUCCAUCCUUUCAUAUUCGAGGACCCGACGAGAUUCAAGAUGCUAUCAAACGAUGCAUGAAUACAAUCCUGGCAGAUCGUUGGAUACCGGUUCAAGUCCCACUGGAGGAUGAUGACCCCACUCUUGAUGAACAACAACCCCAUUUCAACACCAACAACGAGAAUAAGCAACAUGUGUUCGUCAACAACAAAGCCAACACGCUAUCCACCUUGGAAGUAUCGAUCGAUGAUGUCAAUGCAAAACUUGAAUUUGGGGUGGAUGAAUCAUACACGUUGGAUAUCUCAGACAAAGGAUCGGCCACUCUUGCAGCCAAAACCAAAUGGGGUGCACUUUAUGGCCUGGAAACAUUUUCACAGCUGGUGCAAGCCUACAAGACUUCUUCUUCCAUUGAAGAUUACGACGAUCAAGAGGAACAAGGAUUUGAUACAAGCGUGGAGAAUCUUUUCAUACCAGAGACACCCAUCCAUAUUGAAGAUGCUCCUGCUUACUCUCAUCGAGGUUUAAUGUUGGACACAGCACGCAAUUACUUUCCAGUCAUGGAUAUCCUGCGAAUGAUUGAUGGAAUGGCAUAUAACAAAAUGAAUGUGUUCCAUUGGCAUAUCACCGAUUCACAAAGUUUCCCUUUGCGACUUGAAAGUAUACCUGAAUUGGCAGAGCAUGGUGCCUAUGUUCUUGGACAACGUCGUCUCGUGUAUAACAAAAAGGAUGUGGAGCGUGUGGUUGAUUACGCACGUGCACGUGGUGUGCGAGUGAUUCCUGAAAUUGACAUGCCUGCGCACACUGCCUCUUGGUCCGAAUCGCAUAAGGAGAUCACGACAUGCGCAGGUCGCUUCUUUUUGGAUCCUGACAACAAAGGACAAUACGCAGCUCAACCAACCACGGGUCAAUUGAAUCCCGUUCUUGAAGAAACGUAUCAUCUUGUGGAAAAGGCUAUAUCGGAGGUUGCUUCUCUUUUCCCGGAUGCGUGGUAUCAUGGCGGUGGUGAUGAGCCUUUCUACAAAUGUUGGGAGCAAGAUGCGCACGUGCAACAUUACAUGAAAACACACAAUGCUACGGGUGAUGAUUUACUCUACAAGUUUUUGAAGCGUGAAAUCGAGUUUAUUCGGGAAUCGGAAAAGACACCAGUGCUUUGGGAAGACCCUGUGACCAUCAACAAUCUGGAGCUCAAGGAUGUCGUGCUUCAAGUAUGGAUAAACCCGGUGCAACAAGCAGUCAAGAAAGGAUACAAAGUCAUUGCCUCUCAUGCCCAAUUCUGGUAUCUUGAUUGUGGUAAAGGUGGUUGGACGGGCAAUGAUACAUCAUACGAUGAACAAGUACCACCAGAGAUUCCAGACUCACUCGCUGAAGAGCUCGAGAGGUAUCAAGUCAAAGACAACUAUCGCCCAUCCAACUGGGGAGGAUCUGGAAAUGAUUGGUGUUCCCCUUUCAAGACAUGGCAAAGGAUCUAUAGUUACGAUAUGGCCUUCAAUUUGACCCAAGAGGAAGCCAAAUUGGUGCUAGGUGGUGAAGUUGCAUUAUGGACGGAGCAAACAGAUCCCGUUGGCAUGGAUACACGCUUGUGGCCUCGUACAGCAGCAGCCGCUGAAGUAUUGUGGUCUGGAAGGCUUGUGAAGCGUGGGAUCCAAGCCGAAGCUUUACAGCCCCUGUGGUGCGGAAAGAACCCUCGUAUGUGUGACAGCCAAUACCCGGAAGCAUUUCUUCAAGAUCGACAUAAGGAAGGUGCCAUAAAACAUAGCGUACCAGGAGCUAUCAACGUUGAUGAAGGAGACCAAUGA